GUUUUUUUCAUGCGUUGCCGCCAACUCACAACUGUCACUAGAAAAAACACCAGUCAAGUGAACUCGAACGAAAUUACGACAAAUGUGAGCUUCGUUUUUCGUUAAAAUAAUUGUUUUUAAGUGCAACCACGUUAAUUAAGUGAAAAUGUCUGUGGGAUUCGGUCAACGUGGCGGUAAUCGACCGCCACCAAACCCAGCACAAGUACAAAAAAUGCUCGACGAAAAUGGACAUUUGAUUCAAACAAUUCAAGAGUAUCAAAGCAAAGGAAAAGCUCCAGAAGUUGUCCAGUAUCAACAAGCAUUGCACAGGAAUUUAACUUAUCUAGCCACGAUGGCAGACUCUGCUCAAAAUGUUCAGUCUUUUUUGCCUAUGUUGCAAACACAGGCACCCCCACCACCGCACGGCCAGCCGCCACCCACAAUGGAUCAACAGCACAUGAACAAUUUCAACCACCAACAACAACCCGCCUACCGCCAGCCUCCAGGACCGCAACGCCCUGGCGUUCCAACCCACCCUUACCCCCAGCGAGGUUACCAACAAAACCAAUACCCUGGCCAAUACCCACCUCAAGGUAACGCCUAUCCCCAACAAAACCAAUACCCCACAAACCAACCCCCGGUCUAUCCCCCAUCGAAUGCUCAAGCCAAUUACGGACAACCACCGUCAACGACAGCACACAACAACUACCAACAGCCGGGUUACGGCACGCCCCCACCUGGUGGAGCCCCACCCCAACCGGGUGCAGGGCCCUACCCUCCGCCAGGUGCCCCGCCCCAAGCCCCACCCGGGACGUACCCUAAUGGUGGCCCCUACCCCAAUUCCACGGCUCCACAGACUUACCCACAGGGAUACCCGCCCCAGCCGGGCUACGCCCCGCCUCCACCCUCUAGCCAACCACAAACGUCCCCCGCCUCUUAUCCCAACCAACCAAGUACGUCUCCACAAAAUUACGGGCCUAGUAAUACCCAGUCUCCGCCCUUUUCGGCUCCACCCAAUAAUAAUCAAAGUCCUGCGGUUACUUCGGCUCCACCCACCACACCACAACCGUAUCAACCUCCAUAUCCACCCAAUUCUCAGCCCUCGAAUCCUAACGCAGGAUACACACCCAAUACCCCACAAGGGUAUCCCCCUGCAGGACCGCCCAAUAAUUAUGGGUAUGCCCCACAACCUGGCUAUCCACCACAGCCUCAAUAUGGGGGACAACCACAAGGGUACCAGUAUCCAAGGCCUCCAACAGCACAAGGUCCACCACCUCCGCAAGGGCAGUAUGGGUACAAUUACCCUGCCCAGCCAAACCCACAGUAGAAAGUCCUUAUUCUAUGUUCCAUUUUUUAGGAAUCAACUCGAAGUACUUAUCGUAUUUCUGCGUUUUUUUUAGUUUUUUUCUCUCGAGAAAUAGUGUGAUAUUGAAUGUUUUUUCUUUUGUAUCGCCAUUUCAUUGUAAUAAAUUUGACAAAAUAA